GCUCCGCGAGUCGCCAUUGCUGUCCACCGGAGCGAACUGGCAUAACGCGACUCUCUUUAAACGGCUCUGGGUCCAACUACUCCUAUAUUUAAGGAGUUGAGUGCUGAGUUUCAUAGCGCGAUAGAGGAGGCAAUGGAACCAACCGAAACAGACGGCGGAAUAAUGGCUCAGCCAAAGAACCUGGAGGGAUAUGUGGGGUUUGCAAACCUCCCCAACCAAAUUUACAGAAAAUCUGUGAAGAGAGGAUUCGAGUUCACGCUCAUGGUUGUGGGAGAAUCUGGGCUGGGGAAGUCGACGCUGAUCAACUCCCUCUUUCUGACAGAUCUGUACUCUCCUGAAUACCCGGGUCCUUCGCAUAGAGUUGAAAAAACUGUCACGGUGGAGCAGUCCAAGGUUCUGGUGAAGGAAGGAGGAGUGCAGCUCCUGCUCACCAUCGUGGACACGCCCGGCUUUGGUGACACUAUUGACAACAGCAACUGCUGGCAGCCAAUCAUCGACUACAUUGAUAAUAAGUUUGAGGGGUACCUCAAUGCAGAGUCCCGGGUCAACAGACGGCUGAUGCCGGACAGCAGAGUGCAGUGCUGCCUGUAUUUUAUCACUCCGUCUGGACACGGACUGAAGCCACUCGAUGUAGAAUUCAUGAAGAGGUUGCAUGAAAAGGUCAACAUCAUUCCCCUCAUCGCCAAAGCCGACACAAUGACCCCAGAGGAGUGUCAGCUGUUCAAGAAGCAGAUAAUGAGAGGAAUUCAGGAGCACAAAAUCAGAAUCUACCAGUUCCCAGAGACGGAUGAUGAGGAGGAGAUGAAGAUGGUCAAGAGAAUCAAGGAUCGUUUACCCUUGGCUGUAAUCGGUAGUAACACCAUUAUCGAGGUCAACGGAAAGCGAGUGCGCGGGAGGCAGUACCCCUGGGGUGUGGCUGACGUGGAAAACGGAGAGCACUGCGACUUCACAAUCCUGCGGAACAUGCUCAUCAGGACCCACAUGCAGGACCUUAAGGACGUGACGAACAACGUCCACUACGAGAACUACCGAAGCAGGAAACUCGCCGCGGUCACCUACAACGGAGUGGACAACAAUAAGAGCAAGGGACAGCUGACCAAACCUGAGACGUCUGACGGCAUGAGCCCUCUAGCCCAGAUGGAGGAGGAGCGACGGGACCACGUGUCCAAGAUGAAGAAGAUGGAACAAGAAAUGGAACAAGUCUUUGAGAUGAAGGUCAAAGAGAAGCUGCAGAAGCUCAGAGACUCUGAGGCUGAACUCCAGAGGCGUCAGGAGCAAAUGAAAAAGAACUUGGAGGCCCAGCACAGAGAGCUGGAGGACAGACGUCGCCAGCACGAGGAAGAGAAGGAACGCUGGGAGGCCCAGCAGAGGAUUCUGGACCAGCAGAAACUAGACAACUCCAGGACCUUGGAGAAGAACAAAAAGAAGAAGAUAUUUUAGGACCUUCUUGACGUUACAGUGUUGUUUUGUUUUUUUGCCAACCUGCCAACAUUACUGUGUAAUACUCCUGUAAAAGCCCAGGGGGCAGUGUUGUCUGCUCAUCCUCCAUGUCCCUUCAAUAAAUAACUGUAAUAAUCUCUGUAUAGAACCAGUGUGCGGGCCUGUUUUGGGUCACUGCUCACAAAAAACAAGUGUAUUCACACACACACACACACACACACACACAACACAACUGGUGUUUUUACUUAAUGACAAACAGUUCAGUCUUUCUUCUACUUUGGGGAAUGUUUGAUGCUGCUCUGCGCUGCACCCUUUUUAAUGCCAAAAACCAAACCAAGAGGUCGGCCUUUCACGUCCGGUGUCAGGCCGAAGCUCACCUCAGGCACUGUUUUUUUUUUUAUAUAUAUGUAUGUAUCUUUCGGUUCACAUAUUUAGGUAUUGCGUUUUAAACUCCUCCCGAGUGGUCUGCUCUUCCAUCUCCUGUCAUGUAAAUUGUAUAACUAUGAACUGCCGUGUUCCACUUCAAACAUUUGUAACAUGUUCUUACUUUUUGCUCUUUUCUUUUCUUUUCUUUUUCCAUUUCGUAUCGGCCUGGUAUAGAAAUGAUUGUUUAAUUGUUUCCGGUGUUUUCCAUCCUUCUCUUUUUGGAAACCAAACGUGUAUUCCUGACUUCACUCAUGCUGAGUGUAACAACGUCUAGAAACUGCUCUCGAAGUGCUUUACGUGAAUUUAUUUGAACUUUUUGUGCAGAUUCUAUUUUACGAAUAAUUUCCAACAGAAACUAAUCUUUCCGUGGGGGGGGGAGGGGUGUUGUGGAAAGCGUGUGCACAUUUAGCACCAUUUGUGUUCUGCAUCUGUAAUUUGUAAUGUCUUGUUUUUAUUGUAAGAAGUUACAUAAUAAAAUUGUGAUGGGGGGUGAAAAAAA